CUGCUGUCGGUGCGGCCUCUUCUCUUGUCAGUUAUUUGCUUCCCUGGUCCCGAAAUAAACAGGACUCUUAAACAAAUCUAUGUGGGCAGACUUCCUCUUUUCCGUUGUCAAACUGUGACAGAUUUUCACGUUGCGCCCGGGAUGCAAACGGUAACUCUUGGUUUGUCACGCAUCCACAGCAGUGAUACGACGAAUGAACCCACCGCAGGCGUGACCUCAGAAAGGAGCAGGCAACGCCGCGGUGCGUACAUUUUAACAAAAAAACGCGACCUUGUCUUUCUUGAGGCUCCAUUGUUAUAUUUGUUUGAAGGGCGCCCUUUUCUACUGUUUGCAGACUCAACAAAGUCGCCUCUUCUGGUCGUGCUGCCAACAGCGCACCAUGGAAGCUCCACUGGACAACGCAAGCGUGAAAAAAAAACCAGCAGAACCGGUGGCUGAUCGUUUCUCAUACCCUCUUGUCAUCGGUAGUGCUAUCAUCGGCGUCGUCGCUGCCCUUUUCUCCUUCUGUAUUGGUCUGUAUGUCACCUACGUUUGCUGGACAGAUCUUAACGGAGGCAUUCUCUUCACGGGUCGCGCGUGCACAUUGCACCAAAGAGUUGUCGGUCCAGUGGCCAUUACGUUCGGACUCUUUGGAGUUAGCGCAACGGUAUUCAUUCUUUCGCAAGGAUUUAUCACUCCCCAAGUUCUCGUGGCUACCCUGGACUCUCUCGGCGGCGGCGGUCCAGCCGUGGCGUGGAACUGGGUAGACACGUCCCAUCGGUGAACGACGGUUCUCCCAACCUUCGAGACGCGUCCACUGACUCCACGAGUUCUAUUUAGAACUCCACUUUGCAAGCCGUUGACGAAGCACACCUUUGGCAAACUUAGCCUCCAGAUGCCGACCUCUGACCACUGUUCGUCGUCGUUUUGUGACCGUGUCGCCUGUUAAGACCUACCCGUUACGUUUGUAGCAGCAACGCAGAGGUUUCUGUUUAAUAUCCCGCCCAAAACGCCCUCUCAUAAGAUCAAAAUGAGUACUGAGAACACAGCGGGCACUUCAUGUCUCUCGCGGCUCCACUGUUUGAGAAGAACCUUCACAAAGGCGUUCCUUUUACCCCUGACAGUCUUGGCGGUUCACACGUAGAGUCUACGCGACGCCUUCCAUUGGCAUGUUUUUUAUCGAUACACGUUUGCGGCUGAUCCUACAUAUUUUGUCAGAGCUCAGUAAACGCGUGUCUCACUUUCUGCUGUCCACCACGCCAACGACACUUCUGUAGACCCGUCCACUGACAAAACAAACUCUUCGACGGAGAAAACUCACACGCCGAAGACAUUCUGCUCGUUAAGUGGCGUGACGUUUUCG